AUGGCCCCCCCAAAUGCCCUCUCAGUCUUGGAGACACUCCAAGACCGCUGGAUCACGUGUAUCGCUGUGCUGAUACUUGCUGGAAUUGCAUAUCAGAAGUUUCGGCCUGGAAUGUGGAAUAUUCCUGGGCCAUUCGAAGCCAGCAUCUCACCAUGGUGGAAGUAUCGCAUGGUGAAAACAGGGCAAAUGGCACCAACACAAAUGAAACAGCAUGAGAAGUAUGGACCACUGGUCAGAAUUGGUCCAACCCACGUCUCUGUCAACGAUGUCAAUGAGGUGCCCAACAUCUAUGGGCGCGCAAAUGGCUUUGUCAAGGGCGACUUUUACAGUGUUUUACAACUUGAACUGGACGGCAAGACCAUGGAGGCAGCUUUCACCACCAAAAAUGCGACUCUACACAAGAGAUGGCAGAAACAAACUGGUCCGGGCUUUGCUCUUACCUCACUUCUCGCCAUGGAACCUUUAGUUGACAUGGCCACGAACCAUUUUAUCAAAGUGUUUGAAGAGAGAUUUGCAGCCAAAGAUGCCAUCGCCGACUUUGCACAUUAUCUAAAUUACUUUGCGUACGACGUGAUCAGUAACAUUACGUUUGGUGAGAUGCUCGGCAUGGUUGAAAAUGGGGGAGACGUGGGUAACACUGCCCGUAGUGUUGACGCAUAUCUAGAGUACGGCGCUCCUACUGGGCAGGUCCCAUUCCUCCAUUGGCUCCGUCGGACAAGUACCCUCGCAAGAUGGUGGAACAAGUCUCCAUCACACGUAGAGAUGGACCCUGUAACCUCGCUCACCCUCAAGAUCAUUGCAGAGAACGAGAAGAAAGAGAAGAAGGAUGUUCCAUGGCUCACCUUUUCCGACCGUAUAUUCCAACAAAGAGAUGCCGACCCAGAGUCAAUUCGUCCCGAUGAAGUUAUUAUGCAUCUUGCGGGACAGGUCGCUGCAGGAGGUGACUCCACUUCUGUCUCGAUGGCCUCGAUCUUCUACCAUUUGCUGAAGACCCCGAGAACGUACAAGAAGCUUUGCGCUGAGGUACGUAACCCAAUCUACACAGGAAAGAACAUCUCCUACGCCACCGGAAAGAAGAUGGAGUAUCUACAGGCAUGUAUUAAGGAGGGAAUGAGGCUUCAUCCUGCUGUCGGAUUGAUACUGGAGCGAUUGGUGCCGAAAGGAGGGCGAAUGAUUUGCGGCCACUUCUUCCCAGAGGGAACAACCGUCGGUAUCAAUCCAUGGGUCAUGCAUUACAACAAGGAUGUCUAUGGAGAAGACGUCAACGAGUUCCGGCCCGAAAGAUGGCUGGAGGCUUCUCCAGAGAAAUUGAGGGAGAUGAACAAUGGUUUCCUUUCUUUCGGGCACGGUAUGCAGAUCUGUGCGGGCAGAAACAUCAGCCAGAUGGAAAUGACCAAGAUGAUACCCGAUUUUCUUCGGUACUUCGACCUUGAGCUUGCCUAUCCAGAGCGGGAGUGGGAAAAGUCCGCCAUGUGGAUUGUGAAGCCGCACAAGUUCUUUGUCAAGUGUAAGAAGAUUGCGAAAUCUGAAUAG